AUGUCGUCCACAACGCACGAGGAGGAAGACCUGGACCACGACCAGGAGAUCAACGUGGACGCGGAUUCGGACUCGCAUUCGCGGAUGUCGUACAACAGUGGCGGCGGGUCCGAAGAUAUUGACCUGGAUGGCGACGGAAAUGGGAGCUCCUGUUACGACGAGUCGGAUGUUAUUAGCAGCGAUCAUCAUCACCAUCCACACGACCAUCAUCACCACCACAACGCCCGCUCCGAGCAUCAAAUAACGACCUCGUCCUCACCGACGACACGAUCACCGAACGAAAGUCUGACCUUCAGCAUAUCCCGGCUUCUGUCGAAACCGUACGACAAGGACGGCCACCACCGGACGGAUCACAGCGGGGGCGACCACCUGUCAUCGGAUGGCGACGGCGAUGGCACCAAGUCGGAACAUCACAUCACGGCGAGCAGCGGGCUGCACUACACGGCCGGAGCCCUGUACAGUUAUCCGAUCUAUCCGGGAUCGGCCGCUGCUGCUGCGGCAGCCGCCGCGGGCCAUGUUCUUCGAGUGCCUCCCCAGCGAGGACCAUGCAAUCCGCUGGCCUGGUCCCUUCCACCACUACAUCCAGCCGCUUUGGCCCACCAGGCCGUGAAGGAUCGGCUAGCCGCGUUUCCCAUUGCCCGCCGGAUCGGUCAUCCGUACCAAAACCGAACGCCACCGAAGCGGAAAAAGCCCCGCACCUCGUUCACCCGCAUCCAGGUCGCCGAGCUAGAGAAACGAUUCCACAAGCAAAAGUACCUGGCGUCCGCGGAACGAGCGGCACUAGCGCGAGGCUUGAAGAUGACCGACGCCCAGGUGAAAACGUGGUUUCAGAACCGACGGACCAAGUGGAGACGCCAGACAGCGGAGGAACGGGAAGCGGAACGGCAAGCGGCGAACCGGUUAAUGCUGUCGCUGCAGGCGGAAGCACUGAGCAAGGGCUUCGGACAGCCACCACCGUCGGCAGCGCCCCCAGCGAGUGCACCCGGAGCCCCACUGGCGGCCCUGCACGGGCUGCAACCGUGGGCCGAAGCGCAUACCGCCGGCUGCUGA